UAGGAGGGGGACAAAGGUUGUAGACCAUUGCUGAAUCUUUUAACCAUACCACGUGGUUAAACUAUUAGACUAUCUAUACCGACAGAAUGAGAAGAAGUCUUUGAUAUUAAUAACUAGUCUGCAGCUAGGAAUUCAGGAUUAUUGAACGCGAAGAACGACAACCGCCGAAACAUCCAUACAAUAUCGAAACGAAUGAAUGUCACUCUGAACCAUCCACUAUAACCACAACCGAGAGAGAGCGGGUAUACAGUAUGCGGGACAAUUCUACAAAAGAAACAAACUUUUCACCCAGCGAUCAAGACGACACACUGAGCCAAACUCAGGCUCAACACUGCACCACCAGGCUCAACACUGCAGCCCAGCCAUGAGCAACACCAAACAACUCAACAACAGGAGCGGAGGCAAUGCAUCCAAGAAGAAGUGCCCCUUGGCCAUGGGGCUGGAGGACAUUGCCCCCCUGGUGCGCACUGUUGAGGAGAUCCCUGAGCCCAUCACCACGGUGGUCAAGGGGAACAUCCCAUCCUGGAUCAAUGGAAGCUUCCUGCGGAAUGGGCCCGGAAAGUUUGAGUUCGGAAAAGACAACUUCAACCACUGGUUUGACGGAAUGGCCUUGAUGCACCGCUUCUACAUCCAUGACGGUGAGGUGACCUACAGCAGUCGCUUCCUGCGCAGCGACUCCUACGUGCAUAAUUCUGAGAAAGACCGCAUUGUGGUGUGUGAGUUUGGAACCAUGGCCAUGCCUGACCCCUGCAAGAACUUCUUUUCUCGAUUCUUAUCCCGCUUCAAGAUUCCCAAGGCCACAGACAAUGCCAGUGUGAACUUUGUGAAGUACAAGGGUGACUAUUACGUAAGCACGGAGACCAACUACAUGCGGCGGGUGGAUCCACAGAGCCUGGAGACCAAGGAGAAGGUGGACUGGUCUGAAUACAUUGCAGUAAACUCUGCCACAGCCCAUCCUCAUUAUGACCGUGAAGGGGCCUCGUACAACAUGGGCAACUCCUAUGGCAAGGGCGGCUUUUUCUACAACAUCAUCCGUGUGCCCCCGCCUGAGAAGGUAGCGGGGGAAGACAAGGCUGAUUUCAGUGGAGCUCAGGUCCUCUGUUCCAUCCCAGCCUCUGACUCCAGGAAACCAUCCUACUACCACAGCUUCGCCAUGUCAGAGAACUAUGUGGUGUUCAUAGAGCAGCCCAUCAAGCUGGACCUGCUCAAGUUUAUGCUGUUCAGGAUCCAGGGCAAGAGCUUCGACAAGGUCAUGACCUGGGAGCCACAGUAUGACACCAUCUUCCACGUGGUGCACAGACACACAGGCGAGCAAAGCAAGGUAAAGUACAGCGCCCCACCCAUGUUCACCCUUCACCAGAUCAACGCCUACGAGGACAAAGGGUUCCUUGUAAUGGACAUGUGCUGCGGGGACGAUGGGGACGUCAUUGGAGACUUCACACUAGAGAACCUUCGAAGGGGUCCAGGGGAGGAGAUGGACAAGGAGACUGAAACGAUUUGGCAUGGGUCCCCAGAUCCUGAAAAAGCUGCACCAUCGAGAGAAUCCUGCCCGGGUUGCAUUACCAUCAGAAACCUUCCACGGAGAUACGUCCUACCCCUGACCGUAACUGAUGACACACCCAGUGACCAAAACCUUGUCACUCUGCCUUUCUGUCAAGCAACUGCGGUCAAGACUGGGUGUGGAAAGGUGCUUUGUACACACGAGGAACUAUAUGAUGAAGAGCUGUUCCAGUACGGUGGCCUGGAGUUCCCACAGAUCAACUAUGCCCAUUACAACGCGCGUCCUUACCGCUACUACUACGCAUGCGGCUUCGGACACCUGUUCAGCGACUCCCUGCUGAAGAUGGAUCUGGAGACCAAGAAACUUAAGGCAUGGCGUCACCCUGGUCUCUUCCCAUCUGAGCCUGUGUUUGUUCCUGCGCCCAACGCAACAGAGGAGGACGAUGGUGUGGUCAUGUCCAUCAUCAUCACACCCAGAACUGAGAAAAGCACGUUCCUGCUGGUUCUGGAUGCCAAGACUUUCACGGAGCUGGGCCGGGCAGAGGUUCCAGUCAACAUUCCAUUUGGAACUCAUGGAGUGUUCAAUGAGAUGCAAUGAAAAUGCUAACGUCACAACCCCUUCAGCAUUCUGCUUAUGAAAUGACUCCAUCCAUGGAUGUCUUUUCUGAUGCUGUUAAGAUAACAUCUCUAACUACUGCAGUACUCUUGGACCAUUUUUGGUACAGCCAGAGGAGGAAGGCCCUCUCCUCUGAGUCUUGUUCCUCUUGAGGCUAAGACUCUCGAGGUUUGUUCCUUCUAGGGAGUUUUCCCCCGCCGCUCUACUUCUGCUGCUUGCUAUUUGGGUUCUAGGCUCGGGUUCUAUAAUAAUAAUAACAAUAAUAAUGAAGUAAUACAUUGGAUUUUUAUAGCACUAUGAAGUAUUUUGUACCAACUGCUAAGGCAGAAAGGCUUUAUAAAUACAUCUAAUUGAUUUAUUGAUAACACAGAACUGAGGAGAACCAGUUCCUCAGAUCCUUUUAAAAUGUCAGUCUGUAGACACAUCUAUCUAUGUCAUAUCCUUAUCUAAAGGUGCCCUGCAUUGUAAAGUAAAUGUUGAUGUUGGUGACUGAUCUGGUGUUUUUUUCAUGGACAUUAACUGUAGACCUUAGACUAAAACUUGGGACGGUUUUUCACUACUUUGGUAUUCACAAUCAGUGUCAAUAUUUGAUCAAAUAUUUCUGCGGCAACUAAUUUUCUCUACAGCAAAUUACAAGAAGUCAACUGAGGCUCUGAAGUGAAAUGAGUUUUACUUGUUUAAUUUCCGAUCUUCAAAGUGUUUCAUAACAUGUACGCAUUUGAAAUACUAUACUCCCAUAGCCGUGCAGUGCACUUACAAAACAUUAAAAUGCCUCCAGGAAAUGUAAUUUCAGUUUAAGUAAUGUGAUAUAAAAUGGACAUUGUCUAAAAUGCCAGUAAAACAAAUGGCUUUCAGCAUUCAAUAGCCACCACUGAGAGCCAAAGGAAGGUCACAUUGACAACUCAGAUUGCAUUUCAUCCCAUUGGCAUGGCCCACUGUAAGGGUGACUUACAAACACAUUAUUUUCAUAGACUGAAACAGAUUUAAUUGUUACAAUACAACUGUAGAAUGCAUUGCAAAUGUAUAUUAGUUUCUCAAUACUUUAUAAUUCUCAUUGUCAAUGUCAUAAUUUAGCUGCCAGCUGGAUCACUGAAGGGAAUGUAGUCCAGAGGGUUGCACACACAUUAGUGGGAGCAGGAAGACUGAAAGAGCAGUGGAAGUAGCAAACGGCUGCCUAUUUAAUCAUAUUUUCCAUUCAAGCCAGGUCUCCCUAGGUUACUUAUUAAUUACCCCAUAAUUCCUAAUCUAAUCAGUCAUGCUUAACUACUCUUUAUACUCAAAUAUUCAAAUUAAUUAGUGGUCUAUCCAAAGGGCAGGAACAUUGGUAUGAGGGGAGGCCGCCAGGGACCGCCUGUAUCGACAUUUGAAUAAAUGUGGCACUAAUUUGCA